UGCAGUCCCGGAAGCGGCUCCGGGAAGCUGCCCAGCGCGCGCAGCCGGAGGAAGCGCAGCCCCGGUCCGGUCGGGUCGGGUCCGGCUGGGCCAUGGAGCCGUUACCUGAGCCCGUGUCCGGGCCCCGACCCAGGGCCCACCGUCUUCUGCUUCUUUCCCUGCUAUUGCUGCUGCUGCUGCUACUGCCGGCCCCGGAGCUGGGCCCCAGGGAGGCCCGAGCCGAGGACACCGACUGGGUUCGACUGCCCAGCAAAUGCGAAGUGUGUAAAUAUGUCGCCGUGGAGCUGAAGUCAGCCUUUGAGGAAACUGGCAAGACCAAGGAGGUGAUCGACACAGGCUAUGGCAUCCUGGACCGGAAGGCCUCAGGCGUCAAAUAUACCAAGUCGGACUUAAGGUUAAUCGAAGUCACGGAGACCAUUUGCAAGCGGCUCCUGGACUACAGCCUGCACAAGGAGAGGACUGGCAGCAACCGAUUCGCUAAGGGCAUGUCAGAGACCUUCGAGACACUACACAACCUGGUGCACAAAGGGGUCAAGGUGGUGAUGGACAUCCCCUACGAGCUGUGGAACGAGACCUCGGCAGAGGUGGCUGACCUCAAGAAGCAGUGCGACGUCCUGGUAGAAGAGUUUGAGGAGGUGAUCGAGGACUGGUACAGGAACCAUCAGGAGGAAGACCUGACUCAGUUCCUCUGCGCCAACCACGUGCUGAAGGGCAAGGACGCCAGCUGCCUGGCAGAGCAGUGGUCUGGCAAGAAGGGGGACACAGCUGCCCUGGGAGGCAAGAAAUCCAAGAAGAAGAGCAGCCGGGCCAAGGCCCUGGGCGGCGGCAGCAGCAAACAGAGGAAGGAGCUGGGCGGCCUCGAGGGAGACCCCAGCCCCGAGGAGGACGAGGGCAUCCAGAAGGCUUCCCCGCUCACACACAGCGCCCCAGAUGAGCUCUGAGCCUAACCUAGCGGCUCCUGCUGACCGAGAGCCUGAGCUGGGAGCCGAAGGGUCUGGGGCCCCUGGCUCCCGCAGACGGAGCAGCUUGGGGCCUCAGCGGUGCCUGCCUGGCCGGUGCCGCCUCCUGCCGUGGAAACUCCAGCCCCAGGAGAACUUGGAUCAGCUGCGGGCAGCCAGGCCGGCCUCUUCCCUCUGCCCAGCGUUCCUCUCCCGACCCAGACUCCAGGCGGGCCCUGUGAUCUCAGGACUGCCGAGGACUCCAGUGUGAACUCCGGUGGGCAGGUGUCGAGCUGGACCCGGGACUGGGGCUCCAGAGCCCCCCACCCCCUCGCUCCUCCAGCACCAGCUCCUCCUCUCCGCAUCCCCUCUUCCUGUGGACACCUUGUGCUCUGCCCAGCCCUCCCCUGGGGCUCACAGAGUAAAAACCUUUCAGCCUUUUUCA